AGGAUUGAACAGCCUUACCUACGACACGCCUUAACUAGUGACUUGAGAAGGACUGAAGGACAAGAUUUCUGCCGUCAAAACAGCAAAAUGUCAGCCAAUCCAAAACAACAUUUGCUUGACAACAAAAUAACCAUAUUCACAAACAUCUUUGGAACUGGUUACCGAUUCACACACUCAGGAUUAUGUUCAGGAUUAGCUCAUGUUUUGGCAGAACUUGAGAAGUGUUCCCAAAUGCUGGGCUGUGAUUCAACCCUUUUUGUGUGCUCUCUACAUGCCAAGAUGUGAAAAUGGAACAGUAGGACCUCCUUCUCAGGAAAUGUGCAAGGUCAUUCGUAAUCCUUGCAGAAUUGUGGAACUUGAACACAGGAGUGGCUGGCCAGAUUUUAUGAGAUGUGAAGAUUCCCUUCUGGCUGCAAAAAUGAGGUGAGAGAAUUGAAAUUCAACAUCGCUCCAAAGUGCCAGUCUCCUCUGGUGAAAACGGACAAUAGUUUGGCUUAUGUUGAAUGAGUUGACGGAUGCGGACUGCCUUGCACUUCCCCGCUGUUUACAAAGGAGGACGAACAAGUCCAACGAUUCACACAGACUCUGGUCGCCAUGUGCCUCACCAUCAAUCGAUUGUUAUGUGAAGUUUACGUUCAUGAUUGACUGGCGCUCCGCUUCACGCUACCAUACAUAGGUAAGACAUAGGUAGACAUAGGUAAGAGAAACGCGGGGAAACGGCGAGCCUCUUUUUCUUACCCAUACUUAUAAAAUAACAACUUCUUAGUGUUAUCCCGCCACGUAACGGUAUAAAACUUUGUUCUUUAGAUUUUUGAGGUAAAGAAUAAUGGGUUUGGGAAUUAAUGGGACAUACGCCAGACAUAGGUAAGGGAAACGCGGGGAAACGAUGAGCCCUUUUUUCUAUUUUAUGAUCGAUAUUUGAGGGAGAUUUAUGGGCGUAAUUUCAAUUGAAGUUCAGUUGCUUUCAGUAAUCGUGAUGUUACAGCCACGUCUCUUAGACCUCUGUCCCGUUUUACUUUUACUGAUUUCAUUCAAGCUGAUUUUUUAAAUUUUCUAUUGCGUGAAGUCCCUUGUAUUUUCAAUAUGGCGUUUAGUGACGAACAAAUGCUACUAUUUCAGUCAGAUUCAGGUGUUCCAACAUUAACUCAAGUGCCGUUACGUCCCAAAUCUGGCUUUACUUAUAUUUUUGAAGAUAAAGAGGAAAGUAAACUGGGUAAUUGGAGGGCAGAUGGUUACCGCUGGAGGCAGAACGCGGCCAAAAAAUUUCAAUGGAAUGGUGUGGUUUGUAAACGAUAUUAUUUCAAGUUACAAAUUGGUCCUCAAAGGUAUUCCACUGUUUUUUCGAAACAAGCCAUAUCGUGCCCAUUAUUUAAGAACCGAACUCUGAUAUGGUAUCAAGGAGAUGAUUCGAUUGUUGUAGAUUUUGCACAUGGGAAUCGUACAGUUAACAAUGUAGAAAAGCCGUUCACGCGUACCGCUCCGUCUGUACUUGAAGCUUUGAAACAAGAUAAUAACAAAUUUCCUAGUCAGAUAUAUUCUGAUUUUUUACUUGCUGCUCCAAAUGAACUGGAUCGACACAUCACGGAUGCCCCAAGAGACUUGAAGCAAGUAAGGAACGCUCAAUGUGCUGCUCGCCAGUCACAGCGUUUGUCAUCUGACGGCAUCUAUAAUUUAGUUGAACUGGCUUCUGAAACAGGAUUUAUUCAUGACAUUCACGUUGCCCCGCACCUCACCAUAAUUUGCUUUAACGAGGGCACAAUUCAAGAGUUUGUUCAACUCCUUGGUCGUGAAGAUUUGCCUUACCAGUGCCUUUCUUAUGAUACUACGUUUGAUAUGGGAGACUUUUAUCUCUCUGUGCUAACUUUUAGGCAAACAGAGUUUGAAGAGACUCCAGUUGUCCCUCUGUUGUUUAUGAUUCAUGAACGUCGGCUUGAAUCUGUGCACGAUUUCUUUUUUAAACGUUUAGUUUACUAAUUCCAGAGAUUACAAGAUGCAAACGACUUGUCAUUGUUUCGGACGAAGAGACCGCGAUUGUAAACGCUAUUCGAAACAACCUCCCUGAAGUACCAAGAUUUCGUUGUUGGAUUCACACCCUUGGAAACAUCAAAGAAAAGCUUAGAACUCUUGGAAUCAGUCAGCGACCAGAAAUGAAGGAAUACAAAAAUGACUUCAUCGACCUUCUGAAUCAAGACUCGGAAGCUCAGUAUAGAGCAAAACUUAUUGAACUUUAUAUUUCAAAGUGGAAUAAGGAUUUUUGUAAUUAUUUCAAUAAGAACAUUGAUCCUGACAUGCCAAACAUGGGUUAUUGGGUGUUGCGUCCGUUUGGAAUUUUAUUGCUCACUACGAACCAGUCAGAAUCUUUCAAUUGCACAAUGAAAAGAUUCGGGGGAUGGAAGCGAUCUCCGGUUGAUCUUAUGGCGAUUUCACUAAUGAGACUUGACAAAUUUUUUCAAAUUAAAAUUGCGAGAGGUCGUUAUGGUCUUGGAGAGUAUACCCUGAAAGAGGAUUUUGUUGACAUCUAUCCAAAACAAGGGGUCGUUCUUCCGGCCAUAAUAUCUUUGGAAGAAAUUAUAGCUCGUGUAAACGGUCAAAAAGUAGACGCUCCAAAAGAGAAUCGAGACACAGAACACUUCGCAAUAGAACCGAAGAAAUUUGUUUACAUUCCAAGUGAAAGCGCACAGGAAAGAGCAAGAAAUAUAAUUUCUGAGAACAGAAUUCACUUGUCAGCUGCCCAUCAUGUUUGGAAUGUAACUGGUUCUAGCGGAGAGGAAUAUACUGUUCGCCUUUUUAGAGAUGGUACUCGUCGUCUGACUUGCACUUGUGCUGCAACUACGACAUGUACACACCUGUUGGCAGCCAUGUACUCCAUCGAUUGCGUAAUGACUCAGUCUAAAAAACCAAAUACUACUGCCAUGAGAAAAAAAGCCAGAAAACGUCCAUACAAAAAGGGUGGUAAAAAAAAGCCUUGUGAGGUUGAUAAUGUCAAGAUAAAACGAGCUCGAAAAGAUGAAAGUUUACCAUUUCUUCACCAAGAAUUGCUUGAUGAAGAAAUCUUGUGUACGGAGGAGCCUGAGAAUAAUUCAAUGGAAGAAUCAAACAUCAACGCAAGUUCUGCUAAAAAAAUGCCAUUGGUCUCGUCUCCAAAGUCUCCAAACACGCCUGUGUUCGUCCGGCGUGUAAAAACACGUAGUGAGAAGCCGAAAAAUCCGAUUAUCGAUCACCAGCGACGGUUGUUCCUUCCGGCAUCAACGCACCCUUUUCCUGUAAGGAGUCCAUCAUUGAAAUCUCAUCUAAACCAGAUAAGAUCACUACUGCUUCUGACAAGAAUGAAUUUGUUGUCAUCGAUGCCAAAUCAGAGGGACAAUCUUUUGCCGCAUCUCGACCAAGACGAUUAAAAAAAGCUAUAGACCCUCGAGAGAACCGAGCUAUCUGUAGCGCAGUUAUUAAAAACCUUAAGAAAACCAGCUGGUUGUGUGACGACCAUAUAGACUAUGCCUCUUUGUUACUUCGCAAGUUGAAUCCUUUAAUUGGUUGCUUGUUUAAUAUCGACCAAGGGGUAAAAAAAUACCCUAAAGCCGCUUGUGAAAAAUGGGUACAGCUACUUCACAAUGGGCGAGAACAAGGAGGGCACUGGGUUUGUGCAGCUUUUGGUUUUUCUUUCUUUCCUCCUGGUCAGGUGGUUAUUUACGAUAGUCUCUCUAGUAGUCCAAAUAGUUUUGUCGUUGGGUCAGUUGCUAGCCUUAUUCAGACGCAAGAAACAUUUUUCACUUUACAAUUGGCAACCGCUUCACAACAAAUAAAUCAUUAUGACUGUGGUGGUUAUGCAAUCGCUUUCGCCACUGCUCUUAUGUUUGACACUGACCCAUCUAAAAUUACUUUUGAUUCACAAAAUAUGAGGCAACAUCUUAUAGAGUGUUUUACCCGGCAAAAUUUGACAUCUUUUCCUUCUUUAAACCUACUUUCUCCUUUCCAAGAAAAAUUACCGACCCAGAUCGUUCAAGUUUACUGUUUGUGCCGUCGGCCACUAAGAUUCAGAUUGGGCCCAAUUCCAACAAAAGAAGAUAAACUGACACAGUUUGAAUUAUGCAAUGAUUGUUUUCAUCGUUCUUGUUUGCCUUCUGGCGAAAUAUUUAAAGUUAAGAAUUGGCGCUGUCAAAAAUGCGUUAAUAUUUGAAUAAGUUUACUUUUUUAUGGAUUCUUUUUUAUUAUGAACAAUUAUUUUUGUAUAUUUUCUCAAUUUCUUAUCGUUGUGUUUUGACCAUCAAAUAAAAUUCAGGCAAGAGUACAUACAAACACUGUCAUUGAUUUGAGUCUGGUCCACUUUUUCGGUCCACCUUUUAGUUAUCAAAAACUUGGAUGUGGACCGAAAAAAUUGUGUCGAGUCCACUCAUUCAAAGUCCACUUUUUAGCCGUCCACGGUCCACGG